UAAUUUAGCGCAGUUGACAGUGAUAUGACAGUGAUCCAGUUCACAUUCAGAGGUGGUCUGUGUGGUGAUCUACGAUCUACGGAAUACAGAAGGGUUUGGGUUGAUGGCUAUUUACUACAGUGCAGAAUAAAUGGUUAAUAAUGUGUUUUAAUGGUUCUUUCGUUGAGCUCUUUUGAACAGUUCGUGAACAUUCAGUAGCUGGAAUCGUAACCACCUUGUGAUAUAUAGACUGUGAGUUAAUUGAUAGAGAUCCAGCUCCAACAAAAAUGAUCGUGGAUCAAAUAGAAGCCUUUAAAAGUUGGCUGACAGCUGUUCUGAAGCCCAUGUGUGAGGCUGAUCCAGCAGCGUUGGCGAAAUAUGUGCUAGCCCUUAUUAAAAAGGACAAGUCAGAAGCAGAGCUUAGGAAGAGCAUGGUUGGACAACUUGAAGUUUUCUUGGAAGGAGAAACAGAAAAUUUUGUGAACUUGGUGUUUCAAACAUUGACUACUAAAGAUUACAUCGGCACCCCAGUGAUACCAAAUGCUAAUCCGCCAAAUCCCAUCACCCCGACCAAACCAAAAGAGGGGAGGGAAACCAAAGUGAUAGUUCCGCCCAGUGAACUGCCCAACCUAAGUGAAGUGGUUAAUGGCAACAGUACAGAAAAGAAAGAGGUGAAAAAGGACGUUAAGAGCAGAAGAAAUUCUGAAAACGGGGUAAGUAACAAGGAGAAAGAAGAAAGGUUAGCCCGAAGAAGGUCUAAACAUAGGUCGCUGUCACGGAAUCGCACCAAAUCUCGCUCUAGAUCUUGGGAUCGAGUGAAGCGAUCGCGUUCAAGGGAUAAGUCUCGCGAUCGAGUUGACAGAGAAUUACAUAGGCUGGACAGAGACAAGAGGGAAAGAGACCGAGUGAGACCCUGGAGAAAUAAGUCCCCAAACCGCAGAUACGAGAGAAGACGUUCACGAUCGCCACGUAGUGGAAGUCCUCCAAGGAUGCGCUCCAGAUCACGAAGCCCCAGACAUUCACAUCGGGCUCGUUACCGCAAUAGUCGCAGCCGCUCCAGAUCUACCGAGAAAAAAGACAGGAAAGAUCCAAAGGAUGUGAAAAAUCAAUCCAGACCCGGGACACCUAUUCAAGAUUCAAAUCAUACAGAAGCCGAUUUACCAUCACAAACUGUUCCCAGUGUCGUUGUCCAACCAAACGCAUCUAAACGCCGUUGCAGGGACUUUGACGAGAAAGGUUACUGUAUGCGUGGAGAAAUGUGUCCAUUUGAUCACGGUAUCGACCCAGUCGUUUUGGAAGAUUCUACCUUAACUAGAGUUCUGUCGUACAAUCCGAAUGGAGAUGUGACUGGCACCUUAGCAGGAGGACCGCCCAUAACUUCAGUGCCGAUUCCUCCAGGAACGGUAGGCGGUCCACGACAUCCUCCGGACAAUCCGUAUAAUCCUCAAGCUCCUCAAAUGUGGAGUGGAGGCCGAUUUAGAGGUCCCCGACCAAUGGGUGUUCGACUUCCUGGCAUAAAUCCGUUUUCGCAGCCUCCUCCCGGAUUGGGGAUUCAACGCGAACUUAUACCCGUUCCGCUAGUUAUGGAUAAUAUGAAACCACCAGGAGUGAUGUCGGCCGGCGGUUUUGCGCCAGCACCGGGUGGGUUUGUACACCAUCCCAAUGCGGUUCCUCCUCAAUCUUUUGGUCCAGGAGCAAUUCCGAUUCCUCGUCAUGGAUUAGAGGGUUCCAUGCACGCUGGUAAAUUUAAGAAGAAGUUUGACUUCAGCCGGCUUGGACCUAGAAAACACGCCGGAAAUUGUAGCCUCGAGCUGAAGAAAGUUCCCACUGGGAUGAAUACCAUCACUCAUCUCAAUAAUCACUUUUCGAAAUUCGGCAAAAUUGUCAAUAUUCAAGUGAACUACGAGGGUGAUUGUGAAGCAGCUUUAAUCACCUUUUCCAACCCGGCGGAAGCAAACAGCGCUUAUAAGAGCACAGAGGCGGUGUUGAACAACCGAUUUAUCAAGAUGUUUUGGCAUGACUCUGAUAGUGGCAAACAGGAAAACGUCCCUCCUGUGCAACAGCACGCUCGUCAAGACCCGCUCGUAAACGUUGCUCCUAAUAGUAACAAGGUGUUGAAUUUACUUCAGCCAAAGGCUGAUAAAACCGAAGGGGAAAACAAGGAGGAAAAAGGCGAGCUUAAGCCUGAGUUAAGCAAAGAGGAAACCAAAGCUCAAGCCACUGCUGCAAUUCACAAAUAUCAGGAUUUCCUAGCAGUUCAAGCUAAGAUGAAUAAAAACAAAGAUGAACAGCGCAAGGAGGUGUUGCAAAUACAAAGUAACUUGAGGAAACGAAAGCAGGAGCUUCUGGAUAAGCAACUGUCCCAGCAGAAGAUUCUCGUGGAAAAAAUGUCCAAAUUACCUCCUGGUCCUCAACGGGAUAUGAUUAAAAAUACAAUAAUGAAAACACAAGAAGCCAUAGAAGCCAUUAAGAAGGACUUGGAACAGGCCGCAUUGGCAGCGAAGGGUGCUGUUGCAGGAUCUACAAAAAGCAAAGAGGAAACACAAAAGGAGCUACUUGAUAUGGAAUUAGACCUUAUAGCGAAACAGCAAGAAGGCACCGAUACAACCGAGUUACUGAAAAAAAUGACUGAAUUGAAGGCCAAAACUGCAUUUACGGGUUUUCCAGCCAGAGGCCGUGGUAGGGGUGGUUAUCCUGUCUCUAGUAGGCAUCUAGUGGUCAAGCAUAACUUUGUGGACAAUACUUUCAAACCAACAGGCAAAAUUAAAACGGUGAAUAAGAUAAUCAAUAAUGCUGCAUUAAAAUCACCACCCGCUCUGCCCUCGCCGCAACUUACUACAACGACUUCAUUUCAAAAGCACGUAGUUGAUCACAGACCGACCAGACUGUUGGUAUCAGGGUAUGAAACUGAUGAACAGGACGCGGUUGUAACUCAUUUUCAGCAAUUUGGCGAAGUAGUGGAUUAUUCUAUUGAUUCAUCUUUACCGAGUAUCACUCUGAACUACAAGACGAGAAUUGAAGCUGAAUCUGCUCUGUUAAAAGGCAAACACUUCCAGGAUCGCACCUUGUCAAUCACCUGGCAGUCUGGACCGCCUAAUCGUUUGCAGACUCAAAAGAGUGGAGGACCGGCUGCGAAAACGGUUUUGCUGUCGGAAUCGGAAGAAGAUCAUCUGAUUGAUCAGAAUAUAUUAGAAGGGGAUGAAGAGGUAGGACCGGAGACGGAAGAAGCGCUUCUUCAAGAUGAUGAAGAGGAAGACGAGGAAGAUCGCUCUUGGCGCAGAUAAGUCUCCCAUUUAUGUUUCAUAUAAGAUCUGUAUUUCAAAACAUCCUUUUCUGGUGAAUAUUUGUUAUAAAAUAUGUACAUAUUGA